GAACUGUGCUAUUCUGCUUUUCCUAUCUCUAGCGUCGGAUAAAGGGAAAAUGGGGUCCUUCGGCUCGGGCGCGCGCGCGCGGCACCUGCAUCGGCCGGUGAUUGGCUGAGAGCGCCGCCGCCGAGGCGCGGAGGACAAGAAGAAAUCGAGGGAGGUCGGAGCGCGGCCUUUCCCCGCUGGACGGCAUGGAGGAGUUGGACGUGGAGCCGUCGGUCACGCUUAUUCCAGGAGUGAACUCUGACCAGAAACAGUUAUGCUUUACAUGGGGACCCACAGAGAUGUUGGUGUGCGAAACCUUGUUUAGGCCAACAGAGGCUAUAGAGAAGACUCCAGGUUGUCCUUUUGUCUAUGUGGUACGCAAAGAUCAAGAUGUUUAUUCUCAGACUUUGCGGAAGCUUUUCAAUGAAUCACACGGGAUCUUUGUUGGACUCCAGAAGAAUGAGAAAGAAAAGGCUGGAAAGUCAAGAACUGCACAAUUGGUUGGAGUAAGCAAAAGCUAUCGAUCGGUUAUAAGAGCCUGCAUGGAAGAUUCACAUCAGAUGGCUAUAUCUGCACGGGAUUCUGCAAUGCAUGUGCACUACAGCACUCAGGUCUCUAUUUUGUCUGCAAUGGAGUUGAUCUGGAAUCUCUGUGAAAUCAUGUUUAUUGAAGCUGCUCCAGCGGGUUUGGUGUUAUGUCACCUGCUUGAUUGGGUCCGUCUUCAUGUGUGUGAAAUAGACAACAUGGUUUGUGAAGUUCUGAGGAGUGAGAAUCCAGCAAAACAUGAAAAUUUCUGGAAUGUGGUAACUGGUUAUGUGCUUCAGGGUAGAAUGGAUGAGGCCCGGCAAUUACUUUCUAAAGAAGCUAGUACCAAACCCACUUCAGUGCACAUGUGCAAAGUUUUAGAUGAGCUGAUGAAGAAGAUGCCUGUUCUCAGUCCUAGCAGUAACCAGACUUUGACAGAGAUGGAGUUGAAAUGGCAGCACUGGCAUGAGGAAUGUGAGAGGUUUCUGAAAGAUGGAACAUUUGCUUCUAAUUCUCACAUGGAAGACCUUUGUAAGAUCCUACUUGGAGAUGAGAAUGCUAUUUUGGAAAAGAAAGAGCUAAUGACAACCUGGUACCACUUUCUUGUGACCCGGCUAUUAUAUUGUCAUCCUACCGUGAAGCACGUGGAACUCCAUCUUUAUGCCCAGUCCAGCCUGGACAUGUUUCUGGGAGGAGAAAGCAGUCCGGAACCAUUAGACAGCAUCUUAUUGGCAGCUUUUGAAUUUGAUAUCCACCAAGUGAUUAAAGAAUGCAGCAUUGCCUUGAGCAACUGGUGGUUUGUAGCUCAUCUGACAGACCUCUUGGACCAUUGCAAUCUACUCCAGUCCCACAAUCUUUACUUUGGUUCCAAUAUGCGUGAAUACCUCCUGUUAGAAUAUGCUUCGGGACUCUUUGCCCAUCAUAGCUUAUGGCAACUUGCAGUUGACUAUUUUGACUAUUGUCCAGAAUAUGGUAAAGCAUACCUAGAGCAUCAUAUUGAACGGAUUUCCUUGGAUACAGAGCGUAAAGCCCUGAAAGUACUGAGGAUUUGUGAACAGAGAUCAAUGACUGAACAAGUUCGUAGCAUCUGUAAAAUCAUGUCCAUGAAGGCUGUCCGGAACAAUCGUCUUGGCUCAGCGCUAUCCUGGAGCAUCCGAGCCAAAGAUGCUGCUUUUGCUACCCUUAUAUCAGACAGAUUUUUGAGAGAAUAUUGUGAAAGAGGUACUUUCUCAGACUUGGACCUCAUUGACAACUUGGGUCCAUCCAUGUUGCUUAGCGAUCGACUAACAUUUCUUGGAAAGUACCGGGAAUUUCAUCGCAUGUAUGGGGAGAAGAAGUUCUUUGCAGCAGCCAAACUGCUACUGAUGCUGAUGACAGCUCGUAUCGCUCCUUGCUCCUUCUGGAUGACUUUGUUGACCGAUGCACUUCCUCUCCUAGAACAUAAAGAGGUGAUAUUUUCUGCUGAUCAGACAUACGAAUUGAUGAAAUGCUUAGAAGAUGUGAUGGCAGCAGAGCCAAAAAAAGAGAAGCUCCAGGAUGAUGAUGCAGAGAUAAUGAAGGUGGAAAUGUUAAGGCUUGCUCUGGCACGAAACUUAGCAAGAGCUAUCAUUAAAGAGGGCACACUGGAAGAAUCAUGAGCAGCAAAUUAAAAUGGUUCUUAAACUUUACUUUGUUAACUUAGUGUACAUACCAGGGUUAUUAUUUUGAUAAAAAUAAAUUUCAUAUUUUGCAUUUCUUUUAUCAUUCUUUUUGUGGUAAAUUUCAAGAAACUCAAGUUUUUGCAAACUUACAAUCUUAUAAGAUGGAAAACCCAUCUUGUAAUUAAAAUAACCCAAAUUGUUUUAUUCAUGCAAGUUGAAACAAAUCAUUUCAUUUGCUUAUUUUAACUUUAAACCCAGGGGCCAUCUGAUCUCCUUGCAAUAAAUCUUGAGUUCUCUUUACUCAAGAGUUUAAAAACAAACCAGAAGAUACUUGGGUACAUAUAGUAGUUGAUAUUUAGCCAUAGAGCUUUGUUUACAUCACAGUUACUGUAAAGAAACAUGUAGGACAGGUUGUUAACUCCAAUAAUUUUCAGACAAAAAUACAAUUUAGUAGGAAGUGGCUGCAAGGUAGCUAAAGCAGAGUAGAGAAAGUAUUUUUAUUGAGCGUGCAGAAAAACAAAUGCGUCCAAUAUAUAUUUACAAUCUUAGUGUUUGAUAGAAAGCUGCAACUUCAGCCUGUGAACAGGAACAUUCAUAAAUAAUUUCUAAAGCUUGUAGUACAUUUCCACACAGUGAGACUAUGAAAUCUUUCUGUUGGAUUAUACAGCAUGGACAGAGUGGCACUGCUGAUAGCAUGAAAGAAUUUGGCAGAAAGCCCUUGUGCUUUGUGUGUGUGUGUGUGUGUGGUUUCCUCAAUCAGAGUGAUUUGCAGACCAUCUCUUAACAGUGAAAUCUGCUCUGUACAAGUAAGUAUGGCACUGGGGCAGACUUAGAAGCUGAAGUAAAAUGCUGAUAAUCAGAUUAUAAUAUUAGAGAGGACGAGAUCAAGAGCAAAAAAAAAUACUGCUGGGCUCAGCUUUACAUAAUGCGGCCCUGAUACCACGAGUUUGGCUAAUCGGACGAUCUCCUCACAGAUUUGAAAUUGGAUCCCUUCAAAAGCCAAUGAGGUUCUUUCUGUUGUGUGGUUAACUGUAUCUUGUCUACAGAAGCUUAACGCAAAGAAGUCACAGCCAUUGUAACGGAGGUCUGAUCCUCUCACGAUCUCUUUAAUACCAAAAUGUUGCAAAAUUUAAAACUCCCACACA